CCAUCUCCAUCCCCAUCCCAAAUGUCAUAAACCUCCACUUGCGGACUUGCCCAUGGCAUCCGUACCACCCCUCCCCCCAUAUCGCCCUCGCCAUUCCGACGCCGCCGCCCUUCUCUUCCGCUCCCCGUCCUUCUCGCCCGGGGUCUCGCCUGCUUCGGCUACCCGGCCGCCGCGCAGGUUCCCGGUGGUUGCGUCGGCGCGCGAUAUGCCGUGGCCGCACGUGCUGACGGUGGCCGGCUCCGACUCCGGCGCGGGCGCGGGCAUCCAGGCGGACAUCAAGGCCUGCGCGGCCCUAGGAGCCUACUGCUCCUCUGUCAUCACUGCCGUCACCGCGCAGAACACCGUUGGCGUCCAGGGGGUCCAUGCUGUGCCGGAGGAGUUCGUGGGGGAGCAGCUCAGGUCGGUUCUCUCGGACAUGUCGGUGGACGUGGUGAAAACAGGGAUGCUCCCUUCAGCUGGAGUAGUUAAAGUUCUCUGUGAGAGUCUUAGGAAGUUUCCAGUCAAAGCUCUAGUGGUGGAUCCGGUCAUGGUGUCCACCAGUGGUGAUACUCUUUCAGGACCAUCUACUCUCGCUACAUAUAGGGAUGAACUAUUUUCUGUGGCUGAUAUAGUCACUCCUAACGUGAAAGAAGCAUCUAAGUUACUUGGGGAUGUAUCAUUGCAUACAAUUUCUGACAUGCGCAAUGCAGCUGAAUCCAUUUACAAACUUGGUCCAAAAUAUGUGCUUGUGAAAGGCGGGGAUAUGCCAGAUUCAUCAGAUGCAAUUGAUGUAUUAUUUGAUGGUAAGGAGUUCACUGAGCUUCGUGGUCCGCGUAUAAAGACCCGUAACACACAUGGAACCGGUUGCACAUUAGCUUCAUGUAUUGCUGCUGAAUUAGCAAAAGGUGCAACAAUGCUGCAUGCUGUUCAGGUUGCUAAGAAAUUUGUGGAAUCUGCUCUUUAUCACAGCAAAGAUCUUGUGAUUGGAAAUGGACCUCAGGGCCCUUUUGACCACCUCUUUGAGCUUAAGUCUCCGUUAUACAAGAUGGGAUCACUGCAAAAGUUCAAUCCAGAUAACCUCUUCCUGUAUGCAGUGACAGACUCUGGGAUGAACAAGAAGUGGGAUCGUUCGAUAAAAGAUGCCGUGAAAGCUGCCAUUGAAGGUGGCGCUACCAUUGUCCAAUUAAGAGAAAAAGACGCCGAUACACGGGAGUUCUUGGAAGCUGCCAAGGCUUGUGUGCAAAUCUGCAAGUCUAGUGGAGUGCCGCUACUGAUUAAUGACCGCAUAGAUGUUGCUCUGGCAUGCAACGCAGAUGGCGUCCAUGUUGGUCAAUCAGACAUGCCAGCAUGGGAAGUACGAGAGCUCCUAGGACCUGGAAAAAUCAUUGGCGUCUCAUGUAAAACCCUGGACCAGGCCGAGCAGGCAUGGAAGGAUGGUGCAGAUUACAUCGGCUGUGGCGGUGUCUUCCCAACCACAACGAAGAAAAACAAUCCCACCUUAGGGUUCGAGGGCUUGAGGACCGUCUGCUUAGCUUCGAAGCUGCCUGUGGUGGCCAUCGGCGGCAUCAAUGCUGGAAAUGCAGGUUCGGUAAUGGAGCUUGGGUUCCCAAAUCUGAAAGGUGUGGCUGUGGUCUCUGCCCUGUUUGACCAGGAAUGUGUCGCCAUUGAGACAAGAAACCUCAGAUCCAUUCUGAAGAAUGCUUGCUCCAGAUCUUAGAGCAAGUUGGCACUUGGCACCUGUUCAUUUAAUUUCUUUGCUUAGGCCGAAAUAGGUUUCUAAUCAAGCUUUCACCAUUCACUUUGUCAAAAGGGGAAAAGGUGUUGCAAUUUUCAAUAAUUCGGAGACAUUUACUUGAGAAAAAUAAAUUUCCCAUGAACAAGAAGUUUAAGACAUUUCAAAGGCGCUGAAUUGUAAUAAGAAAUUGAUAAUGCAUCGGAACUAAUUUGAUGCAAGUACUAAACUUUUUUUUACUACGGUAAAUAGUAUUCCAGUCUUUUCAAAUUAUAAGAUGUUUUGGUUUUUCUAGGUACAUUGCUAUUAAUAUGUAUCUAGAUAGUGUAUAAAGACAAAACGUUUAUAUUUUGAAAUGGAGAGAGUUGGUGUUAUUUGAAGUA